AUGGCUCCACAAGACACCACCUAUCUGUGUCUCGUCUUCCUGGGACAGACAAUUUGGGCACAAAAAGGUAAGUAAUUUCCCAUUCCUACCAUAUCUGCUGCCACAAGUCCUGUGGUUCCCUGGAAUGGGUCUGUGAGGAUCCUCUGCCAGGGAAUUCCUGAAGCCUUCCUGUACCAGUUGUCUCUGAUGAAAAACUCCACACACACAGUUAUAGAGAAGAAACUUGGAUUUCAGAAAGAGGCCGAAUUCAUCAUCAACCACAUGAAUACAACCACAGCAGGAUGUUAUCAGUGUCAGUACAGGAUUAAGGACCACUGGUCAGAGUAUAGCAAACCCCUGGAGCUGGUGGUGACAGGCUUAUACAACGAACCUGUCCUCUCCACAGAUCAAAGCCGUGUGCUGAUAGCAGGAGAAAGCAUUUCCUUCCAGUGUAGUUCAGCACAUGACCUGUUCAACAGAUUUUCACUGGUCAAGGAGGGAGAUGCUUCUUUGCCACAGCACCAACAUGAAGGGUACCAAGGCAAAUUCACUCUUGGUUCCGUGAACCCUAACUUUGCUGGGAACUAUAGUUGCUACUGCUGGCACAACAGCAGUCCCUAUGUGUGGUCAGCCCCUAGCAAUGCCCUGGAGCUCAUUGUCACAGACUCCAAGAAGCAAGGUUACAUGACAGAGAAUUCAGUCCGGAUGAGUAUGGCAGGGCUGGUGCUUGUGGUCCUCUUGGUGAUAGUAGCUGAAGACUGGAACAGCCACAGGAUAUCACACAAGGAAGACUGUCAGGAAUUGACUGCACCAAGAUGGAGCAGACGGUGA